AUGUGGAAUUAUUCUCGCCCUGUCCCUGAAUACAUACAUCUCAACCUGCAAUCUUGGGAGCGUGCGUCGGGUGGCCGCUGUGGCAAGCCAGUCCUGGUGAACCGGACGAAUGUUCGGCAGUGGAUACCUGAUGCUCCUGAGGAGUUAUUCCGGAUUCCUUACGAGGCUGCUGAAUCUGAUGCUAUACGAUAUGCAUUGAUCUAUCACAAUGGCGGCGUCUACAUGGACACCGAUUUCCUCGCCAUUGACAUGACACCCAUUAUCGAUCGGAUUCAGGACCACGACAUCAUCACCUACACGGCGGAAGGGCAAAAAUUUCAAAAAGGGCAGUUCAGCUCGAACUUCUUGGCCGGCCGCAAAGGCAGCAAAGUGAUGGGUGCAAUCUGGAAAUCCCAGAAAGAGCACCUGCAGAGGCACUGCCCCAAGGACAUGGUGCCCAAAUCUGGCAUGUGCUGCUAUGAUGAUCCAGCUGUGCCUUGCUCAGUGCGCUGGGCAGGCUUAGGUGAGGGGAUAUCGCAUCCUGCCCUCAUCAAACUCUUCCAGAGCAAUGGGACCUUCAAGAGUUUCAUCUUUGAUGGCGACGAGAGUUUCGUUCCCACAGGUCUCGUGGAGGUCUUAAAGCAGAAGCUUUCCAUCGAUGCUGCUCUUAAGUACUGGGAGAGACGAUCCGUAAAGCAGCCGCUGUCUCGCAAGCUUUAUCACCUCUUCAACUCACAGGGGUUCGCAGAUGCAUACUGGUGCUACGACCUGACAACCGACAACUCGACAGUUGCGGGAGCGCUUUACCAGCGAAGCCAGGUCCAACGAGCCAUUGCCGCGCAUGACGGGCCUACCUCCAAGUGUGCGAAUGAUGGUGGUCUUUGCAAGUGCACUGGCAAUGUUUUCUACGGUCGGCGAUUUGCUUGUGGAAGCAAUCAGCAGACGGAGCUAGCUGCUUGGCUUGUUGGGGGGUAUGGUUUCAUUGGUACACUCAUGCGCAAGACAUACGCCAUGAAGACUUCUUCAACUUCGCAGCGAAAGUGUGGAGCAUGA